AUGACGACACGGUACCGGGUUGAAUACGCUUUGAAGUCCCAUCGAAGGGAUCAACUGGGACUGCUUGCUGUCCCUUUUGUGCUGCAUUCACAACCUGCAGCCAUAUACAACGAGCACAGCCAGAACCUUGUCUAUCUUGCAGAGCGUACGCAUGAUCGAUAUGUUGAGAUUAUGCGAGAUGUUGAGCAUCUAAUCAACGACCAUAUUAAGCAUCAAAAUUCGGGCACAAGUGGCCGGUCAACCUUGAAGAUGUUGAUUCCUUCUGUGGGCACGUUCUUUACGCCGCUACUACUCGAAGAGGCAUUUGAGUAUCAGGAUAAAAAACGGUUCAUUAGUAGCCGGCGAUUUGUCCCACCGUCAUUCAAUGACAUCCGCUUAACAUUGAAUACAGCCCAGCUGAUGGGCCUUGUUCGUCGCAGCCAGGUGCAAUUGAUCACUUUCGACGGAGAUGUAACACUCUAUGAAGACGGUGCCUCACUAACGCCAGACAACGAGGUUAUAUCUCGCAUCAUUCGUUUACUAGGACAAAACAAGCAAGUUGGUAUCGUGACCGCGGCCGGAUAUGUUAGCGCAGACAAGUAUUAUGACCGGCUGCAUGGUUUGUUGGACAGGAUCCAGGGCGCGACGGAGUUGACGGCUACCCAAAAGAAAAGCCUAAUAAUACUCGGCGGCGAGAGCAACUUUAUGUUCGAAUUUGAUCCUGAUUCUCCUCAUCGAUUGAGCUGGGUGCCGCGAAGCCAAUGGUUGUUGGAGGAGAUGAAGGCUUGGACAGAGGAAGAUAUCAAGGAGUUGCUUGACGUUGCCGAAGCUGCUCUUCGUGAUUGCGUCUCGAAUUUGAAUUUACCAGCCUCGAUUCUCCGCAAGGAGCGAGCAGUGGGAAUAUACCCUCUUGAAGGGCACAGGAUGCACCGUGAGCAACUAGAAGAAACAGUCCUUGUCGCCCAGCAGACGGUCGAAACAUCUGCUGUCGGACGCCGGCUGCCCUUCUGCGCUUUCAACGGUGGAAAUGACGUUUUUGUCGACAUUGGCGAUAAAUCCUGGGGUGUUCUUUGCUGCCAGACCUACUUUGGCGGCAUUGACAGAUCCAAGACACUGCAUAUCGGUGAUCAAUUUCUGUCUGCUGGCGCAAACGAUUUCAAGGUCAUGGCCGAGAAUCCUGCGGCUGUGGCGCCAGACCGGCCAGCCUCGCAUCUCAUCUCGUCCCCUGGCAGUGACGCAGGUGGUCUUCGGUCCCCCCAGAUCGCUUCCAUCUCAUCUUCGACGGCGAGUUCCCCGACCGAUGCCUGGAAUCCAGACCCACUCACGUCUUCCCGGCCUGUCUUUUCUUUUUCUACCUCCCUGCCGCCCUGCCCCUCCCCCGCGACGUCUUCUUGCCCUACCAUCUCUCCUCCCGAUCUUCUUCAGGGCAUUGUACCUCAACUUGCAAUGGCGUCCUAUAUCGGGCGUUUCCUUCUCUACCUCUUCCAGGUGGUGCCCAGCCUGCUCUACUGGGUUAUCACUUUCAGCACCAUCACAGUCCCUACCGCGCUGUUUACCCUCUUCUCCAUGAGCCUGACUUUCACCAUGAAUUUUACAACUUUUUGGUUUAUUCGCUAUCGAUUCCUUAAUAUCUACUCCCGUCUGCCUCCAGAACCCCAAAGAAAAGAACCAGAAAUAGAUUUAUUCCCCGAUUCGCAAGAUGGCGAUUCAAAACCAGGAUUGUCAAAUUACCUAGACGAGUUCCUUAGCGCAAUAAAAGUGUUCGGUUAUCUAGAGCGGCCAGUGUUCCAUGAGCUUACGCGAACAAUGCAAACACGCAAGUUGAUUGCGGGAGAAACCCUGCUACUAGAAGAAGAGAAAGGCUUUUGCUUGGUUGUUGACGGGCUAGUCCAAAUCUUUGUCAAAUCCAUGCAGGAAAGGCAUGAUGAUCGAGAUGGUGGCCCGGUGGAUGAGAUGGUGGAAGAUUCAGCUGAAGAGGACGAUGGGCUCCGGCGUCGAGGCCACCAAGGCUACCAGUUGUUGACGGAGGUGAAAAAUGGCGCAUCCAUGUCGUCACUGUUCUCAAUUCUCUCCCUCUUCAGUGAGGACGUCAAAUUACGACACACCGAGGAUAUGGAAUCCAGUUCUUCCAGUUUUGUUGGCACUAAUGUUCCGGGCCCUGAAUCACUCCCGAUGAGCCCAGCACCGCUUAUGGAAAGUCCAAUGAGAUCGAACUUCUCAGAUCAACGAGAUAUCUCGGCACAACUAGCCGGAGGCGCAUUACCCAAGGUCCCUCCGUUAGUCUUGGAGGGCAGUCCGGGGCAGCAUCCAAAACAUCAUGGCCACAAACGUACAAGGCCUUCGAAGCUUAAAAGGGAGAAAUCUGUCCACCCCGACAUUUUGGCUAGAGCAAUGGUGGAUACCACCAUCGCUAUUAUUCCGGCCAGCGCUUUCCGACGCUUGACUAGAGUUUAUCCAAAGGCUACUGCACACAUUAUACAAGUGAUCCUUACGAGACUUCAAAGGGUCACCUUUGCUACUGCUCACUCAUACCUCGGACUGACUACGGAGGUCUUGAGCAUUGGGAAACAAAUGACCAAAUACACUUCCUUCGAUCUCCCCAAUCAUCUACGCGGAGCUGCAUUGGAUCAUCUCAAGGACAAAUUCACAAAGGAGAAGGAAAGAUUGGGCCCGGAAGAUGGAGCUAAAGGAAUUGCGCUUCACAAUCCAGCUGCUAACCGGAGAAGACGUUCAAGUAGCUCCCUUAGAAAAGAUGCCGCAAUCCAUGCUAAGUUUACAGCUGUACGUGGUAAAGGGACUAGUCCCAAUGGUCCUCGCUAUGGUGACCAUGAGUCUACUGGUGUUAGCCCCGGCGACUUGUUAUCUACCAUUCAACUUUCACGAUUUGGCCCUCGAUAUGGAAGUGAACGUUUGAACGGCAGAAGUGUAUUUUACGACGCAACCUCUGGUUUGAAAAGCCCCGCUGAAGGCCCGCCCAGUCCGUUGGCUACUGCUGGCCAGCCGCUCUUCAAACUGCCGGCCCAGAACGUUAGCUUUCAAAGGCAGGACGCAUUGGAUCAAGAUGCCCUCUUCCGCGAAUCCAUUCUGGAUUGCAUGAUGAAAGCAUUAGGUCUGACGGGAAGCACCACAGAUGCAUUGCGUAAAGCUCAGAACUCGGGUGACGCGUCUCCGCAGCUAGUGUCCUACGACUCGCGCCGCCAGAAAGCUGUUUUCAAUAAUGCGUUUGGUUUUAUAGACCCGUAUGAUGGUUUAUGUGACGGAGAUUCGGAAUCUCUCAUGUCAAUGUCGGUUACAUCAGCAGGCGGCACCUCUCCGAUCCAUAGCCUUCGAUUAGAGCUGCAAGACGAGAUUGAGAUAGUUUAUUUCCCGAAAGGCUCAGUUCUUGUUGAGCAAGGGGAGAGAAAUCCGGGCCUAUAUUAUGUCAUUGAUGGGUUCCUAGAUGUCGGUAUCCCUGUCAAUGAAAAGGGCGAAGAUCUCAUUGGUUCUUCCCGUGGACCAACAGCGGAAGACCUUUUGCUGCCGAUAACAGGGGCUGUUGGCAAUGCCUCUCGAGUAUCAACGACGCUUGGCAGCGGGCAAUUUCAGAGGAAGAAAGCCUCCAGGCGUUCGCUAUAUAUGGUAAAACCUGGCGGGAUCGAAGGAUAUAUUGGGUCUAUAACAUCAUAUCGAUCUUUUACCGAUGUCACUGCGAAGACAGAUGUCUAUGUCGGAUUUCUUCCGCGUACUGUUCUUGAGAGAAUUGCUGAUCGAUAUCCUUUGGUUAUGCUUACAAUGGCAAAGCGACUAACGACUGUCCUGCCGCGCUUGAUUCUGCAUAUUGAUUUCGCCCUUGAAUGGGUGCAAGUCAACGCUGGCCAAGUAAUAUACCAUCAAAGUGAUGAGAGCGACGCUAUUUACAUCGUCCUCAACGGUCGACUUCGGUCUGUCUUGGAUAAGGGUGAUGGAAAAGUUAGCGUUGUCGGCGAGUAUGGUCAAGGUGACAGCGUUGGUGAAUUAGAAGUCAUGACAGAGUCGACACGUCCGGCAACACUGCAUGCAAUUCGUGAUACGGAAUUAGCAAAGUUCCCACGAACGCUUUUUAAUAGCCUUGCUCAGGAACAUCCCGGUAUCACUAUUCAAAUAUCAAAGUUAAUAGCCCAGAGAAUGCGGCAUAUAAUAGAUAACCCACUUGAGAGAGGUGGCGACAAAGGAAGCCCAGACAGUGCGAAAACGACCACGUCAACGCUGAAUUUACGAACUGUCGCGGUUCUCCCGGUUACGGCUGGCAUUCCGGUUGUAGAGUUUGGAAACAGGCUUCUAAAUGCAUUUAGUCAGGUCGGAGUGACCAACGGGGUUACAUCUCUACACCAGGCCGAUAUUUUGAACCACCUUGGGCGCCAUGCUUUCAGCAAGAUGGGUAAACUUAAACUCGCCCAAUACCUUGCUGACCUUGAAGAGAGAUACGGAAUGGUUCUUUACAUUGGCGAUACGAGCGUGAAUGCACCCUGGACGCAGACCUGUAUCAGCCAAGCGGAUUGUAUCCUUCUUGUUGCGGUUGCUGAAGGCUCACCCGCUAUUGGUGAAUAUGAGCGCUUCCUCCUUGGUAUGAAGACGACAGCGAGAAAGGACCUUGUUCUAUUGCAUGUUGAAAGAUACUCCCCGCCGGGUCUUACCAGACAAUGGCUGAAAAAUCGCAUGUGGAUCAACGGUGGCCACCAUCAUAUCCAAAUGGCGUUUAGGCUCACCGCUGAGCCCGUCCAUCCAGAAACCAAGCGCUUGGGUGCGGUACUAAAACAACGAGUGCAGGUUAUCCAAGCGGAGAUUCAAAAGUACACUUCUCGAAGGAUCAGGCAAACGCCAGUUUACUCUACAUCUACUCCCUUUAAAGGUGAUUUUUUCCGUCUCGCACGUCGCCUAUGUGGCAAGUCUGUGGGCAUUGUGUUAGGCGGCGGGGGCGCUAGGGGAAUUGCGCAUAUUGGCGUGAUUAAGGCAUUGGAGGAAGCCGGUAUUCCAAUCGAUAUUAUCGGAGGAACAUCCAUCGGAUCGUUUAUUGGCGGGUUAUACGCGCGAGACGCGGACGUCGUUCCCGCAUAUGGCCGUGUAAAGAAAUUCGCCGGGCGUAUGGCCAGUAUGUGGCGAUUCGCAUUGGACCUCACAUACCCAUCAGCUUCGUAUACCACGGGUCAUGAAUUUAACCGCGGAAUUUUCAAAGCGUUUGGAAACAGCCACAUUGAGGAUUUUUGGCUGGAGUUCUACUGCAAUACGACCAAUAUCAGCAAGUCUCGAAACGAGUUCCAUUCAUCUGGGUACGCUUGGCGGUAUGUCCGUGCUUCGAUGUCGCUUGCGGGAUUACUGCCUCCACUCUGCGAUGAAGGCAACAUGCUCCUUGACGGUGGGUAUGUGGACAACCUCACUGUUGCACGGAUGAAAUCUCUCGGUGCAGACGUGAUAUUUGCCGUGGAUGUCGGCUCUAUUGAUGACAAUACACCGCAAGGAUACGGCGACUCGCUGUCCGGUUUCUGGGCACUAGUCAACAGAUGGAACCCAUUUUCAUCUCUCCCUAACCCCCCAACGCUCUCUGAGAUUCAAGCCCGUCUUGCAUACGUCUCAUCCGUAGAUGCAUUGGAGCGCGCAAAAACGAUGCCCGGGUGUCUGUACAUGAGACCACCCAUCGAUGCGUUCGGGACGCUUGAAUUUGGAAAAUUCGACGAGAUUUACCAGGUUGGAUAUAAGUUUGGCAAGGAGUUCUUGGAGCGGUUGAAGAACGAGGGUGGAUUGCCGAUCCAGGAGGAAACGGAGGAGAAAAAGAAGCUGAGACGGACCAUGGCACCAAGACGAGCAAGUAUCUGA